AUGAGAGGGCCGUUGAUAUUACAAUUUAUUAUAUCAUUAUUAGCAAUUUGUCAAGUAAUUGUUGGUAAUGAAGAUUUUCCAUUCAAAUAUGUUAUAGACAUUUUAUCAGAGAAUGUUGAAUUUUCCACAUUUUUAAGAUUAAUUCAAAGAAAUGGGUAUGUGGAUUAUUUGAAUUCUCUAACUAAUUUUACAUUAUUAGCGCCAAUAAAUUCCGGGUUUAUUGAAUCCAAGGGCCAAUUUGAUUUAAAACGAUACAUUAUAUUUGAUCAAGUUAUCAAGAGUGAUGAAUUUGAAGACGGAAUCAAGAUGGAAUAUUUAAAGGAUAAAAUGCCCUAUCCAAUUGUAUUUGAUUAUGACUCGGAGAAGAAAAUAAUGAUGAUUAAUGGAGAUGAGGAAAAUGUUAUCUUGGAGAAAGAUUUAGUUCCUAAUUUCCAAAAUUCAGUGAUCCAUGGGAUUUCAAGAGAAAUUAAUAAACCGAUGAGAUUGGUGGAGAUAUUAAAGAGUCUGGAUAUUAAUAAUGAAAUAAUGAUUGCAAUUUUAAUGAAAAGACUUGAACAACAACAUAUGAGUGAAACGAAUGGCAGGACAUUGCUCAUACCCGUGGAUGAAGUGUUUUCCCGACAAUUCAAUGAGAUUGAAUUGAAUUAUUUAAUAGAUAAGUAUACUCGACUGGACAAAAAUCAGAGAUGGCAAAGGGAUAUUUCAAAAUUGAUUGGUAGCAUUACCAUUGGAGAUGUUAUUGGUGGUCGAGAUUUCGAAGGUAAAGUGAAGAAUUUGAAUAAUGAUGAAUUGAAGUUGGAGAAUCAGGGGAAUGGGACUGUAAUGAUUGUUGAUGGGCAUGACUCAGUGAGCAAAUAUAGCAACUUGUUGUUUGAUACUGGUCUGAUCCAUUUUUUCAAUGAAUACGAAGGGUUUGAUAUAACAUUUGAUGCUGAAAAGUACCUGCAUGGAUUGAAUAGUAGUAGAUUUGUAGAAGAGCUGUAUUUCCGUGGAGUGGAAUCCAUUGUACAAGAUCCUGAAUUGGAACAAACCAUCUUCAUCUCGUAUCAAAACAAUGGGUAUUCCAAAGCUAGUUUAAUGUAUCAUUUCCUUGGUCAAAGGUUGGAAACGUUACGGGAGGGGAUUUUUGAGAGUAAACAUUGUGGGAAACGAGAGACCGAAUGCCAAAGGUUAAAAAUUACCAAAAGCAAGGACAAUAAUGAUAAUGAAUACCGUAUUAAUGAUCAAUUCGUGGUACGGGACAAAGGGUACCACAUUGGCAAGAGCAGUAUUUACCUGAUGACAAAUGAUUUACAAUUACCUUCGGAGUUUGUCUCUUCAAUCAAUCCAUUAUAUGGUUGUUCUAAGUCCAUCUAUCUCUUGAACGAGUUGAACCUAUUGAAUUUCCCCUCCAAUGACAGAGGGUAUACCAUAUUUUUACCAUGUUUUGAUUCAUGGAAAGGUUACGAAUUGAAUUUGGAAUAUUUACAAACCCACCAGGCAAAAUUGGCACAAGUAAUGAAAAGUAUGAUAUUCGAAGAUUUAAUGUAUAGUGAUACUCAAGGUCAAUUGACAAGUACCGAUUUGAAUGGUGCCCAAGUCAAUGUUAACGCAACAAGACAAAACGACAAAGUACAUUUCCAAAUAGAUACAUUCCACAAGAACAUUAGCAUAGAAACUUAUGACGAUAUUCUAUUCAACCAAGGUGUGAUCCACCCGGUAAGGCAAUUAGUAUUGCCUCAUGCCACAAAUACAACAAUCUAUGAUUUAUUCGAUGCCGCUGGGACACCUGAAAUGAUUGAAUUUCUAGAAAAAUUCUCCCAUUCGUUAUUACCAGAAUUACAUAACGGAGCCAUUCUAGUCCCUACUGCCACAUCCCUACUAUUCGAAGGCAUCGAUAUCAAUUCCACAUCUUUGGAAGAAUUUCUCAAGAUGCAUGUAAUUGUAGAGAAUGCGACACAAAACUUGUUAUCAUGCAUUCCAGGGACUCCAUUAACAACUUUAAAAUCGGGAGUCCAAUUGGAAUGCCGUCGGAGAAAUUCGGAGUUUUGCUUCAUCGGAAUUUCCGGUCACGAGACAUGGACCUCAGGUCACGAAGUACGAAUCCUGCGCCGCGGUCACGCGCAAGGCACGUGGGUAUUCUUAGUGGACCGGCCAUUAUCGUUACGCUGGCUACACGUGCCCCAAUCGCGCUGGCCAUUACAAUUCUUAUGGUCGUCGCCAGUGAUGAUGUGGAUUACCGGAUUAGGGGUGGCAGCCGCGUGUGCAGGAGCUGUCACGUGGUGCGUACUUCCCAUGAGCAAACGUCACGUGGACACGCCACGUCACGUGCACGGGGAACAGCAGCCGCUGCUUACUUCUGGGCCAGGCCAAAUUCAAAAUCCAGAUCUCAUCAGUAGCAGCGAAAUUGGCUAUGCUGUGUCACCCGGCCAAGGGCUGGCCGCCAAUUCGCACGGCGCUAUCACGUCGGCCGAUGUGUCCGAGUCUUGUUGA